UGCAUCAUGGGAAACGUGCCUCCAAAUGCGCUACUAUAUUCUUUUUCCUUUUUUCCCUCCCUUCAUUUUGUAGCGACAACAACGCGUAAGAGACUCAAGAAAUUAAAUCCCAAUUGGAAGCUGCAAUUUCUCACUCACAUUUCAAAGCUUUGAUCUACAGUUGUAAUGGCCCGUACAAAGCAGACUGCCCGUAAAUCCACUGGAGGCAAAGCUCCACGAAAGCAGCUGGCCACAAAGGCUGCCCGUAAGAGCGCCCCUUCCACCGGAGGGGUUAAAAAGCCUCAUCGCUACAGGCCUGGUACCGUGGCUCUGCGUGAGAUCCGUCGUUACCAGAAGUCCACCGAGCUUUUGAUUCGCAAGCUGCCGUUCCAGCGCUUGGUGAGAGAAAUCGCGCAGGACUUCAAGACAGAUCUGCGUUUCCAGAGUGCAGCCAUCGGCGCUCUGCAGGAGGCCAGCGAGGCCUAUCUGGUGGGUCUGUUUGAGGACACCAACCUGUGUGCCAUCCAUGCCAAGCGUGUCACCAUCAUGCCCAAAGACAUCCAGCUGGCACGUCGCAUCCGUGGGGAGCGCGCCUAAUUAUUUUAUUUUUUUCUGUCUUAUGAAAUGCUCUUCUCUUGUCCCGUCACUAUCCUUUCCUUCUCCCUACAUAGAUAGUAGUUUGGUUUGAGGUUCUCUAUAUAUCAUGACUGUGAUAACCGUAAAUGUGUGAUUAUGUCUUGGUUGGUGCUACAAGUAGAAGAGUUUCUUUAGAUAUAUAUCAUUUAAGUUUGAAACUUUACCCUUCUCACUUUAGCUAUUGCUAUGAAUAAGGUGUUUUUGCUACCCAUGACUAGUGUGUAAUCUGGAAUGAGUUUAGUACAUAGCGUUAAAACAUUUUCAUCUUCCAACGGACACAUUCGUUGUUAUAAUGGGUCUUCUGUUUUUUUUGGUCAUUUUACAGUAAACAUUUAUUUUAAACAGUCAGUUCUCUUUUUUACAACAGUGGUGUUUAAUAUUGUAUCCGAAUCCAAAUGCUUUAUUCUGGUUGUCAAUUUCAAAUGUCAUUGCACUAUAAUGACUCUGCAUGGUUUGACACACAAAAGCGGCAUAUAUGUAGCAGACAUAAUUUGAUUUUACGCUUGGUUUUCACCACAUUAUUAUGUUCAAGCAAUGUUAUGAUUUUUGGUUUCUCUCUCAGGUCGAUAACCUAUUUUUUUCUACUGUUUUUGAUUUGUGUUUUUGGUCAUUUUGAAGGCUAAAACAUUUGUACUCCAAAAUUCACAUACAAACAACAAUAAAACUAAUUGUGGUUAAAUGGUGUGAUUGAAUGCCAUCCUUCAUAUUGAACAUAAAAUACAGUGUAGUCACAAUGACAAAACCUUACGCUGUUAUAAAUAUCUUUGUAUCUGCAAUAUCAAUGUUUUUCACUAGGGCUGCAACUAACAAUUAUUUUAUUAAUCGAUUACUCUGUCGACUGUUUGUUUUCACAGAAUCUGAUAAAAUUCUGUCCUAACACAUGAGAAAAAAGGAUAAAAUGUUGAGCAUAGUUUUCCAAAGUGAAAACAGAUGUUUGAAAAUGUCUUAUUUUGAUUAAACACAAAGACAACA